AUGCCUGCAGUUACCAGUGAAGGAUUGAACGACGGUAACUUGGAUACAGUAUUACCACAAUGGGAAAGUCAGAGCAAGGAAAUACAGAUAAUAGCUUGCUUUUCCAAGAUGCCGCAGGAGUCUGUGAAAAAUUUCCCUCAUACUAAACGAGUUGGAAACUACUUGGUUGGGAAAAUGAUCAACAAAGGAUCCUUUGCAAAAGUGAUGGAAGGACUCCAUAUUCCCACUGGACAAAAGGUAGCCAUGAAAGUCAUCGAUAAAAAGAAAGCAAAACAAGAUUCCUAUGUUUUAAAAAACAUGAAAAGGGAACCCCGGAUACAUCAGAUGAUUAAACAUCCCAGUAUAGUUCAGCUUUAUGAAACUCUGGAGACUGAAAAUUCUUACUAUAUGGUGAUGGAGCUGUGCUUGGGAGGGGACCUCAUGGACAGGAUAUGUGACAAAAAAAAACUGGAAGAAAGAGAUGUAAGGCGAUAUAUUCGGCAGCUACUUUCUGCUGUGGAGCAUUUGCACCGCCAUGGAAUUGUUCACAGAGAUCUCAAAAUUGAAAACUUUCUACUGGAUGAAAAUAGCAACAUUAAAAUUGUUGAUUUUGGAUUGAGCAACACAAUGAGAGGUGAAGGCCUCUCCCCAGAUCUUCUCAGCACCCAGUGUGGAAGUCCUGCCUAUGCUGCUCCAGAAUUACUAGCUAAUAAAAAGUAUGGAGUAAAGGUUGAUGUCUGGUCAAUAGGGGUCAGUAUGUUUGCAAUGCUAACUGGAACACUACCAUUCACUGUGGAGCCAUUCAAUAUUAAACAUCUUCACCAAAAAAUGGUAAAUGGAGAAAUAAGUCCCAUCCCACCUGAUAUUUCUGCAGGUAUGAAAAUAUUCAACUUAUAUCAACAAUGUGAAACAGGGAUAAGUAGUUUGCUAUCUGCAAAAGAAUAA